CUGCACUGGACCGAAUCAUUCUAUCAGCAGAGCAUAACCUGGGACUUCGCCCCCCCUGUUUUCCGUCUUUCUCGGGUCGCGUGGAUUAUAGCUGACAAGUAUCGCCAACGAUGAGUCGGGUCGUGUUGGACGGCGAUCACUUGGUGAGCCACCUGUUGAAUUUCCCGGACAACGUCGAGAAGCUCGUGUUCUCGUCUCGCCCGCACGAGGCCGACGGCGAGAGCAAGGGCGGGGCUGGCAUACCUGCCGAUAUCCUGGAGACCCCGAAGGAGUACGUGUUCUAUUUCGACGUCCCUGGCCUCUCCAAGUCCGACGUUCAGGUGACCGUGGAAGACGAUCAGAAGUCGCUGGUGAUAAGGAGCAGCGGGAAGAGGAAGCGCGAGGACAUGGAGGAGGAAGAGGCCUGCAAGUACGUGAGGCUGGAGAGGAGGGCGCCGCGGAACCAGACCCGGAAGUUCCGGCUGCCCGAGAAUGCCGACCCGUCGGCCAUCAGCGCCAAGUGCGAGAACGGAGUGCUGACCGUCACGGUGGAGAAGCUGCCUGCGCCCAAGCCCAAGACGGUGGAGGUUGCCACCAAUUGAGGACGACCCGUUGGCGGCUGCUGCUGCUGCUGCUGCUGCUGCUGUGCGAGAUCAUAGUUGGGUGUCAUUCUUCUUUUGAUAAUAGCCUUGUAGAUGCGUGAACUUCCUAGGAUUAGGACCAUGCUGAAAGCUCAGGAUAGGCCUUUGGGAUGGUUCCGUCCCGACGCACGCGGCGGCGCGGCCAUCUUGUCAACUAGCGUGUGCUAUUUUGUGAAAGAGCAUUGUAGGUUGGAGUCCCUAAAAUCUGUCGUGCUCCCAACUUUUGUUGAAACCUAUCCAAAUCCAGUAAGAAGCUGACCAAUUCUCGC